UGACACAAUUCACCAGUUACUGUCAGUGUAAGGAGCUGAGGGUCUGUUGUCUUCUUACAUUUCGGUAAAAUAGUAAUUUUUGUUACUAAACCAGCUUUCUACAGACAUGAUGAAGCUAUCAGAGGGUGCCAUAGAGGCUCUUACAAAUGGCACCAGUGAAAACGACCUAGUGCUUCAGUUGGUGAAUAUUCGGAAGCUCGAGGGAGGAAGUGGUAAUACUCGCUGGCGGGUCAUGAUGAGUGAUGGACGGCACACUCUGUCCUCCUUCAUGCUUUCAACACAGCUGAACUACAUGGCUGAAGAGAACCAACUGGUUCCAAACUGCAUCUGCCUUCUGAAGAGACAUGUGACCAAUAUACUCAAGGAUGGACGACGGGUGGUUAUCAUUUUGGAAAUUGAGGUCGUCAAGCCUGCUGAAGCAGUUGGAGGAAGAAUAGGUGAUCCCACUCCUUUCACUGAGGGUGCAGCUAAAGGCCCACAGCCAGUGGCAAACCCUGAACCCCGUCCUCCGCUACAGCCACAGAGCCAAAAUGAAGUUCCUGCGCCAGUGCAACGAGGGUACAAAAAAGACUUUGGGAAGAAAGCUCCAUCUUCUAUGCCUGAUACUCCAGGGGGCAGCUCAAAAGUGGUGCCUAUUGCCAGCCUGAACCCUUACCAGUCCAAGUGGACAAUACGUGCCCGUGUGACCAACAAAAGCAGCAUCCGCACAUGGAGCAACUCUCGUGGUGAUGGCAAACUUUUUUCCAUGGAGAUUGUGGAUGAGAGUGGGGAGAUACGCCUGACAGGUUUCAACCAGGAAGUGGACAAGUUCUUCAGCCUCAUCGAGGUUGGCAAGGUCUUCUACAUCUCCAAGUGCUCCUUGAAGAUGGCCAACAAGCAGUACACAUCAGUGAAGAAUGACUACGAGAUGACGCUCAAUGGGGAGUCCACCAUCAUCCCCUGUGAAGACAGUAGUGAUGUUCCCAUGGUGCAGUGCGACUUUGUCUCUAUCGGUGACCUGGAGAGCAGAGAAAGGGAUUCUGUCAUUGAUGUGAUUGGAGUGUGUAAGGGUGUGGGUGAAGUGACCCGGCAAACCACAAAGUCCAACAGAGAAGUAUCCAAGAGGACGAUUGAUCUGAUGGACAUGUCAGGGAAGGUGGUGACUGCCACGCUGUGGGGAGAGACAGCAGAGGCAUUUGAUGGCUCUGGACAGCCCAUUUUAGCCAUUAAGGGGGCGAAGCUUUCAGACUAUGGAGGCCGUUCUCUCUCUGUAUCCUACAGCAGCACCCUGAUGAUCAACCCAGACAUCCCUGAGGCAUAUAAGCUCCGAGGCUGGUAUGACAGGGAGGGUUAUGCCGUGGAGGGAAAGUCUGUGACAGAGGCUAAAGGUGGCAGCGUGGGAGGAAACACCAACUGGAAGACUCUAUCUGACGUCAAGAAUGAGCACCUGGGACAUGGAGACAAGCCUGACUACUACACCUGCAUUGCUACUAUAGUUUACCUGCGCAAGGAAAACUGCCUUUACCAGGCCUGUCCCAGCCAAGACUGCAAUAAGAAAGUGGUGGAUCAACAGAAUGGCAUGUACCGCUGUGAAAAGUGUGACAAAGAGUUCCCCAACUUCAAGUACCGCCUCAUUCUCUCUGCUAACAUUGCAGAUUAUGGGGACAACCAGUGGGUGACUUGCUUUCAGGAGAGUGCAGAGGCCAUCCUUGGCCAAAACGCAGCUUACCUGGGACAGCUCAAGGACUCGAACGAAGCAGCCUUUGACGAGGUCUUCCAGCAAGCCAACUUCAACACAUUUGUCUUCCGCAGCAGAGUGAAGUUGGAAACAUAUAAUGAUGAAUCCAGGAUCAAAGCUUCAGUGAUGGAGGUGAAGCCUGUGGAUCAUAAGGACUACAGCAAGAGGCUGAUCAUGAACAUAAGGCAAAUGGCUUCUAAGUAGACACAUCUGGCCUGUGUUAAUACUGUUCCUGAACAUCCAACAAACAGCUCUAAAUAUGUGAUAAAGUUCUGUUCACAUUGCAUUUUGUAGUUACUUUUGAGUUUAACUUCCCCUGCGUGAGAAAUCCUUAAAGCACUCGCAACUGUACACCUUCAGUCGGUGAAAAAAUGUCUGGUGACCCGAUUCUGAAAACAAUUUUUCGUCUUUGUUGGUGAACAUAACAGACAAUAUUUUUUUUUUCCUCUCUUCCUCUUUGUUUGGGGGAAGCAGAGCAGAGAGUGGGUCAGUCAGCCACAAAAGAAAUCAUCAGCGUGUCUUAAGUCAGCCAGUUGUUCCUGCAUGCAGUGUGGUUGGUUGGGGGUGUAUGUGUGGAGGAGACCAGAACAGUAGCUAGCAGUCUUUUCACUUUCUAACGCUCACAGUCAGAAUGGCUUGGCUGGACCUGCAUGUCCCUGAUAAGACCAUUUACUUUCAUUCUUUUUCCCACAGUCUGUCACACUAUUGCAAUCAUAGGCAUAUAUACGCAGACAGUACAGCCCUAAUGGGAAUCUACUUAAGUAGAUACAUGUUGUUUGCCGGUGUUUUCUGUCUUUGAAAUGUGUUCUAAGUUCUAUAGUUUUGUUUUUGUGAUAAUUAACUGAAAAUAAAAUGUUUGUAAUCAA